UGCGUGUUCACGACCCGCUGGGAGCCGCGAGUCCCGCCGCCAUUAUGAACAUCCGCAAUGCGAGGGUGAGGGGCCGGGGCCGGAGGCUGUCCGCGCCGCGUGGGAGCGGGGCCCGGUGGCCGCGUGCGCGUGCUCCUGAGGGGCCCGGCCGAUCACCGGGCCAGGCGCCCUCGGCCGCCCGGCGCGGAAAAGUGAAGGCCACGUCCCCGUGGGGCUGGAUCUACGCGAAGAGGAGGCCGGGGGAGCCAGGGGGGCAGGGCCGGGGCUGCGAACUCUUUCUUUCUGGAUGUCGGGUUUCCGUUGGAUGGUGUCGGGGAGCUUCCUGGAGCUCAACGUUCAUUCCUGGAACAGUCAGUUUUUGCACAGCGGCUGUGGGCCAGGCCUGUGCGGAGACAGUCCCAGCGCCCGCCCAGCUCUGUGGGGGGGCGGGGGUCGCUGAGUAGACAGCAGGGUUCUAACACGACCAAGGCCUACUUAGUCACCGCAGCCCCCGGCCUGACUGCAUUCCACUGCCCUCCUGUCCCGCAGCCGGAGGACCUGAUGAACAUGCAGCACUGCAACCUCCUGUGCCUGCCCGAGAACUACCAGAUGAAAUAUUAUUUCUCCCAUGGCCUUUCCUGGCCCCAGGGAAGAGGGCCUGCACAACGUGCCCCAUGGACACAUCACCUCGCUGGCUGUGAAGCGUUCCCACCGGCGCCUUGGCCUGGCUCAGAAGCUGCUGGACCAGGCCUGCGGAGCCAUGAUCGAGAACUUCAAUGCCAAAUACGUCUCCCUGCAUGUCAGGAAGAGCAGGUUCUUAUCAGUUAUCUGUUUUAUACAUAUUUGUGUAUAUAUGUCAACCCCAGUCUCCCAAUUCAUCCCACCACCAUCAGCGGGGAUACUGCCUCGAUGUGGAUCCUGGGCUGCCUUGGCUUUUGGAGAAGAUCGGGAAGUGGGCUUAGUGGGGAGGGGGACCAGGAGGAGGGGCAAGACCUGGAUGUGCUGUCCCUGCCUGGCCUCGUCUGUACAGCUCAGCAGUGCCUUAUUCCCCUGCAGUAACCGGGCCGCUCUGCGCCUCUAUUCCAACACCCUCAACUUUCAGUAAGUAGAUCUACAUUUUUCUCAUGGAGUGGGAUGGUCCCCAGGUCUGGCUUAUCCAGGUGGCUGAGAUGGGCUGAACUACCUUCCAGGCAGGGGCGUGAGGGCGGCUAGGGCUAGCUGAGAUGGGGGAGCGGGCCGUGGACAGCACUCUUGGGGGCAGAGCACCUGCCUGCCGUAGGCUGCUUGAGGCAUGUCGCGCUUCCGGAGGACGCUUGGUGUUUCUUGCUUGAUGCUGGUGGCGGCUAUGCUGGAAGGGCAGCACGGUGAAGAGGUUCGGAAGCAGAGACAAGGGCCCAGGACAAGAACAGAAGCCAAGGAGCAGAACUGAGUGACCAGGCACCCAGAAGCAUCUAAGCGGGACCAGAAGAAAGGAUAAAUCUGAGCACGUCCGCACAGGAAGGGCCAGUGGCAAGAGCAGCGGAGGGAUCUAGAGCCCUGGGUGUCCUAGUGGAUGAGGCUGGGUCCACUCAGGGAUGUGGCAGUCUCUGUGUGCCCAGCGCAGGACAGAGAGAGCCUAGCAGGGAACUGCUCUGCCCAGUACAUUGUGGUGAAAGCUGCUGGAAAGUGAGGCUGAGGUGGGCUGUCCAUGGAGGGCCCACUGAGACAGCGUCAGCUUCAGCUUGGUGGGGGACGAGGAGGGACUGUUGGGAAGGCAAGUGGCCUCCGGGCUGGGUAUUUGAGGCAGGAUCUUUGGCCUGGAUGCAAAUGCCUCUGGUGGUUGACAGUUCUAGGGUCUUAAGGCUGGCAGGGCCGUUCUGGGCCAUCCAGACUGGCUCCCUUUUCAGUGGCAGGGUGCCCAGGUCUGCAUACACACCUCCCAGCGCAGGCUUGGCCCC